AUGGGUCGUCGUCCAGCUCGUUGCUAUAGAUAUUGUAAAAACAAGCCUUAUCCUAAAUCCAGAUACAACCGUGGUGUGCCAGAUCCAAAGUUAAGAAUUUACGAUUUAGGCCGCAAGAAGGCCUCUGUUGAUGAAUUCCCUCUCUGUGUUCACUUGGUAUCCAACGAAUAUGAACAACUUACUGCUGAAGCACUUGAAGCAGGUCGUAUUUGCGCCAACAAGUACAUGUCCAAGACAUCAGGCAAGGAUUCAUUCCACAUGCGUAUCCGAGUUCAUCCAUACCACGUGACUCGUAUCAACAAGAUGUUGUCUUGUGCUGGUGCAGAUCGUUUACAGACAGGUAUGCGUGGCGCCUUUGGUAAACCAAAUGGUCUUGUCGCACGUGUGAACAUUGGACAAAUCAUCUUUUCAGUACGCUCCAAGGAUACGAACAAGGCUGUUGUUAUUGAAGCACUGAGACGUUGCAAAUACAAGUUUCCCGGUCAACAAAAGAUUAUUAUUUCCAAAAAGUGGGGAUUUACUCCUUUGGAUCGUCAAGCUUACAUUGAAGCUCGUUCCAAAGGUUUGAUCAAGCCUGAUGGUUCUUAUGUCAAGUUUGUUCCUCAAAAGGGACGUCUUUCCGAGUACUUUAACGCUGUUCGUGCUUAA